GGCGCCACUACUGCCCGGCUGGAAACAGCGAAGGCGGCGCGGCCCGGGCGAGCUAAAGGGCCUGAUGGCGUAAAGCGCCACCGGGGACGCCCGGGUGUUUCUUGUCGGACGAGUUAGGAGUGGCGCUGCCAUGGACUGUGCGGGGCUGUGCUGAGGAAGUGAUUUCAAAGCCAGUCAGGCCAUGGCCUUUGAAAGGAUAAACCAGAAGGACUGGUACAAGGUCCUGGGGGCCAAACCUUCGGACAGCCCAGCAGAACUGAAACGGAAAUACCAAAAACUUGCUUUGUUGCCCUUUUUUUAUGUUUUUUUUGAUUGGCAGUAUCAUCCCGACAAACAGGAGGCAGAUGUGCCAGCAGGAGAAGUGGAGGAGCGCGUGCAGCGGUUCAUCGAAAUUGAUCAAGCGUGGAAAAUUCUAGGGAACGAGGAGACAAAAAAAGAGUAUGACCUGCAGCAGCGUGAAGAUAACCUAACAAAAGAAUGGCCACUUCAUGCACAGAUUUAUCUUGAGGACAUGUCCUGGAAUGAAGAUGAACAGCUCUAUACUCUGUCCUGUCGAUGUGGUGGGAAUUACAGCAUCUUCAAGAAUGAAACCAAAGACGUGUCUUUGGUUUGUUGUGACACAUGUUCACUUGUUAUCGAGAUCCUGCAAUGAUUGUUUCAAUGAAGCACAUUAAGUGUUACAAACUUUUCAGAAGACUGGACAAACAAGGGACAGCAUCUGCUUAAGAAAUGUACAUUAAAGAAAAGGAGAGCACUACAAGAACAAGUUCAUUCAGGCUUAAAAAUGACAAGUGCCCCUUUGCUCACACAGCUCUGCAAACAGGAGGCUUGGAUUUUCCUUCUGCAGCUGAAGAGCUCAUUAUUAAACACCUCCAACCCAGAACACGAGUUCUGUACAACUGGAAUGUAUCUCCUGAUCUAAAGGUUUCUUCCCCAGCAAACAGAGUAGCUUCUUUCAAAUUCAGUCUGAAGCAGCUCUACCUUGGGCCCUUCCUCUUAGGUUAAAUCCUUUUAACAGCUCAGAUGACAAAAUUCAAUCAGGAGGCACAGAUGCGAGAAUGCUUUGAAGAUAAUGAAGAGCAAGGUUCAGCAGUGGGAAACAGGAACAUUUUCUGUUAAUAAGCUAAAUAUUUAAGUUCAUGAAAUCCUCUCAGAGACUGGAGCCUAGAAGGAGAGGCAGAGGCUGGCAGCUGGAGGCAGCUGGGUGUCCCAGGCUGAGGAGCAGGGCUGGUGGCUGUGCCCUGCCCUGUGACAGUAACAUCACCUGGGCAGCCUGGAGCAGGAGCACAUGUUGAGCUGGGCUCUCCUGGAGCAAACGGAGUCAGCAUUCCUGAGAGGAAAGCUAAGGAGGGAGCUGUGCUCUGACCCCACUGGGCAGGCAGAGGGAAACCCCACAGCACUCCUGGCAGUGAGCAGCAGAUCUGGAACCCCGCUGGUUCUGUGUUCCACCUGCUGAAGUAGGGAGAGCCAGGGGAUGGCUCUGGCUGUGUGACAACUCAGUAAGUGCACUGUGCCUUUUCCAACCUUCUUCAAUCUCAGUGCUAACCUUGGCUUGGAACAAAACCCCAGAACCUUCCCAUAAAUCCAGGCACUCGCUGUGGCUCGCCAGAGGAAGCAGAGCAAGAGGCACAUCACUUUUGUUGGUGACAUAAGUGUAUCAUUCCCAAUAUGAAGUUAGGUGUAAUCUCAGAAAGAGACAUUUUUGUCAAGUAAUAUUUGUGUUUAUUCUAAACAAAAAUAGUUCCAUUCAUUUUAGAAAAUACUAUGAAAACUGUCAAUAGUAACUUAAGUCUUUUAAUCAUCAAGAAAUCUGUGGCCAUUGGGGCUUGCACGUAGAAAUCCAAAGUCAUUCAGAGGCCAUAUCUGUAAAAUAAAGCACAGUUACAAGAGAUUUAAAUCACAAUUCAAAGUUCAGUAUUUUCAUUUGUUAUUGUAAUUGUUUCAUAAACAGCAUAAUGUUUUCUCUCUUUGGUAAAGAACUUUGCUCACUGAUGUGCUUCUCUUACUAGAAGUAAUAAAUACUGUAUAUUACAGUGAAUCAUUCCAUAGUGUGAACUUACAAUUUAUACAGGGCAUGCUUUGCUGUGAAGAGCCUCACAAAUUCCAUUGCUGUUUUUUACUGUUCCAAAUAAACAUGUUCCUAAUGUUUAGAGUGCCUUCCCAAUUCAGUGUUUUCUAGCUUGUAAAGCUCUUCAUGACUUUAAAGACAAGAUAUGUGAUUUUUGGUCCAUCUAGGAGAAAAAAUGUACCAGGCACAUGGAUCUCCCCGUGGUGAGGUGUACAUUUGUAUUUUCAGGAUGAGCCUUUAAACUGCAAAUACCAAACCUUGGAAAAAAAGAUGUACUGGCUACAGGUAAACUUAGACAAAGAGGAAUGAAGGGGUGGCGUGCCUGCCACCAUCCGGGGCUCUGGACUGAGAGGUCCUCUGAGUGAGAAGGGGACAGUUAUUCACAAAAGAGCACAACUCAUCACCCAGUUCAGGUGUCAGAGAAUGAUGCUGACCAAUAAACAAAUCUUCUCUCCAGCAAUUAGCUGCAUAGCUGUUCAUGUACUGAAUGCUCCCAGGAGUAUGUUGCUCUGCACAGUCAUUAAUUACACGUAGGAUGGUCUCAGAUGCAAAAAAAUAGUAAUAGGAAAGCAAGUUCAUUCAUUUACUCAUUGUCCUUUGUCUCCCUUGAAUGUCUGUGUCUCUUGGUAAGAUGUUCUCUCAGAGAUGGCACAAGGGGCAUGCCAGGAAGAAGGGAAAGAUGAUGCUGAAGAAUCAGUGCUCGCUGUGAAAUAAAAAUUUCACAGCCCCUGCCUAAGAUGAAGCGGCCUAGACAGAGAAAGGUGGGGCACUACCUUGUUCCCAAAGCAUGUCAGUAUUUUGUUUAUCUCACUUACUUUUCCUUAGAAUUUGGUCUUAAGGUAUAAGAACAGCAACUCUGAGUUCAUGAAGCAGCCACAGCACAGAAGGAGCCUUCUGUGUGUGGAGUGAAAGAGUAAUUGUCUCAUUUAGAAGAGGAAGCACAGGCAAAGGUACAGUUACUUCUACCCCUAUGAUUUGUCCCCAGCACCAAAGGCCGUGACAGAAGGGGCUGAGGCAGCUGAGGACAGGCAUGGCAGGAGCAGCAGCAGCUCACUCCUGGCUGGAGCUGUGCACUGCUCCAGGUCCUGUCAGGGCCCUGGCAGCACUGGUGCCCAUCACCUGCGUGGGGCCCUCAGGAAGGCAGAGGAUGAAUCAUGCUCAGGGCCUCAAGUUCUGUGCACCAGAAAAAGGCUCUUGCACAAGAUCUUAGAAAAUACUCCUGGUUCUGGCGUGUGCAGUUAGGGAGCAGCACGGGGAACAGCUGCUGAUACUCAGAACCACAGAGGUGAUGUCUGGUCUCUGUGCUGAUCAGCCGGUGAGCUAUUAUAAGUUCCACACAAAAAUACACAAAAAAGCCAAAAACAGAAGGGUAUUUGUGAUGUUGGUUAGCAGCAAAGCUGCAGAAUUCAAGGCUGUCCAGAGGGCCUGUGCUGGCUGCAGGCUGGGUGUCAAGUCUUUGUUUGGCCUUCAAGGCAAACAGAAGUAAAAGGAAAGAAAAAUAUCACAUAUAACAAAUCUAAGCUGAUCUCAGUAAAGGCCUGGAGAAGGAAGUUCUUUAGUUCGUUCACUGCAGCACAAAUCUCUUUCAGGCAACUCAAAUCACACCUAUUGCAACUUGACUUUCUUUCAGUGAAAGUAAUCAAAUUAGCUUUAAAUGUUGCUUUGACAAUGCAGUUUGAAAUUUGUCACAGUAAUCUUAGUGGAAGAGUUAGAAUGAAAAUGGUGUUUUAUCUAGUCUGCAUGCAGGGAGAACCUGAGAAACAAUACUGGUGGUUGGAAAGAGAUGGAAACCCCUCCUCUGUGAAACAAAGACGUGCCACUCUGUCGUAAUUCCCGAGUGCUUUAAAGUUCUGACAGAAGUUGACUGUGACUUGCUCAUUCAGACUGGCUCUUCCAAUUAGCAGCUCUUUGCCCUCUUUGCUUUGGCCUACAUAGAUAGAUUUGAUCUGAUGGACGGGGCAUAAAUGGGGCUAACUAGCUCUUUUGAAGAUACACCACAGGUCUAGUUCUGACAUGGAGCCUAAAUCCAGGGAAUGCACAGGAUAUCCUGCCUAGGACAGGAUGAGGCAUGAGUUCUCUCAAAGUGGGAUUCCCAGUGCUUUUACUGAAUUUGCAGCUGCUUUGAUUUCAGCAGCCUUUUGUGGAAUGACCUUGUGUUUGGAGUGGCCGGAGAUACGGUGGCAUGGAGGAAAAGGAGCAGACAGAAUCACAUGUUGAUAUUUCUGUAAGGGUUAAAAACUGCUGCACCAACACUGACUGAGAACCAUCAGUCUAAACUUCAGAUAAACACUCAUGUUUUGCCAAGAACAGGGUGGCUAAACAAAUUCAGCCAGCUAGGUUGGCUAAGCUCACUCUCUUCUUUUGAAAUCUGUGACUUCCAAAUUAUAUUUGGGGGUUUUUGUAUCUGUUCCUGAAAAAGUAACUUAGCACUGCAAGGCACUGUUACAUCUGCUUCUCCAAAAUCCACCGUCAGAUAAAGCCACAAAAGCUUCCAUUCUGAAGGCAGUAAAAACUGUUGGAUGAAAGAGAAGCCGAAGCUGCAGCAGGCUGCAUUGAAAGGACACAGAGGUGUCCUGGCCAGUGGUCAGUGGUCAGUGGUCAGCCACCCCUGUGCAGUCUGGCUCUGCUGCCUUCCACUGCAGUGGGCAGCAGCAACACACAGGAGCAACAUCACUGUAUGCUCUUGUGACUUAUCAUAACCUAACUAUAAACACCCAUUUGAAGAACAAACUCAUUUUUGCUUUUGUUAGGCACCACAUACUUAAAUCUCAUGAAAACUUGAAUAAUCACUACUCUAUGCCACUGUCAUUAAGCAACUGCUGUAAAAUCUGGUUAAAUUAUUUUGAUUAAGUAUCAAGUGAUUGCAUAAUAUCUUUUUUAACAGACAAUGCUCUAGCAUCCUAAAUUAGUGCUUCAAUAUGAACUAUCUGAGUGUUUCACUCAUUUUACAGAGUUUACUUAGGGAUCAGUCCUGUCAGUCACUUCAUUAAGGUCUUUCAAACACCUUCCUUGUUGCAGCACAAGCUGGACACAAAAUCUAUUGCUGUGGAGAGAUAGAUACUGUGACUAAUUCUGGCUGUCCAUACACAUGGGUUCUUGAUAUAUCCAGUAUUUGCUAACAGUCUCCUUAAAGAAGAAAAAAGCAGUUUCUCUGUACCUGUGCAUCAGUUUGGAGAAAUGCUAUUUUCAGUCGCAUUAUUACUGCCACAUUUUCAUUUAGAGGAGUGCCAGCAGAUUAGCAUCCUUUGUCUCUUAGCAGUCAAUAAUCCAAGCUAAAAGUUGGGUCAUAAAAAUAGCCCUGUUGGGAAUCAGCAUUUUCCCCUCUGGUGUCCAGGGUAAGGCAGACAGCAGGAGAAGGGGCAGAGCCCCGAGUGAACACCGGGGAAGAACUCAGAGCAAAUGUGAGCCAGGAGCAAGAGGUCACCCAAAUUUUGCAGUAGGGCUGAGGGGGCCGUGUUGUCUGAGGUUUAGAAAGCAAUUACUGAUUGUGCUCAAGAGCUGCAAGGUUGUUUUGGUUUUUUUUUUUUCUUUGAGAAGUCCCAAACUGUGUUCAUAAAUACUGUAAAUUAAGGAUAUAAGGCUUUGUUAAGUUGGAAUGAUCUAAUCUUCCUUGUGUAAUACAGGUGUGCUAAAUUACGGGUUUGUGGAUGUGUUGAAGUAUAUGGAGAGAACCUUUUUAAUUGUUCUGAAUGCACAACUUUAAAUCCAGUUUUCUAAAAGCAGGUGCAUAAGUGUGUCAUACACACUCCCCUGUUUCUUAGAUUAAACUUUUAAUGGAGAGGAAA